AUGGUGGCCGACUUCAUUUCAGCCGAUCAUGGAUGGCUGUUUUCACCGGAUGGUCAAAAGUCGGCACGGCGACUGUUCAAGGCGGGGAAGUCCCAGGAUGGCUGGUUCACGAACGACGAUAUCAUUGGGCAGCUACAGGAUGCAAUGGACAUCCUUGACCAGUUUUAUCCAGACGAAGAGCAUGUGUUUGUCUACGACAACGCAACAACGCACCUCAAGCGUGCUGACGAUGCUUUGUCCGCGCGGAGGAUGCCCAAAUUUCCAACAAGACCCGAUAACCCGAUGUUCGGUGUGGAACGUGCCAAGCUAGAUACGGAUGGCAAGCCUGUGUAUAACACAAAGACAGGCAAGGUGGUCAAGGAGAAGGUGCAAAUGACGGACGCACAGCUCCCUGACGGCUCACCACAGUGUCUCUACUUCCCCGAUGGCCACCCUCGUGCAGGCACCUUCAAAGGCAUGGCUAUUCUCCUCAAGGAACGAGGAUUUCACGAUGCCGACAACAUCAGAGCUGAAUGCGCGCAAUUUCGCUGUCCGGACAAUAACGACCGCUGCUGCUGCCGCCGCCUGCUCUACAAUCAACCGGACUUCACACAUGUUGACACACUGCUCGAAACAACCUGCAAAUCUCGCGGAUAUCGUGUCCUAUUCCUGCCAAAGUUCCACUGCGAGUUGAACUUCAUCGAGAUGUGUUGGGGCCACGCAAAACGAUCACGGCGUUUCAUGGAUGCAUAUAGGAAGAGGCUCAAUGGCAAACAGGCUGCCUGGGCAGCAAAGAAGUAUCACGGCCACCGGCAGCUUCCAGCUUCAAUCAUGGAGGAGCUGGACAAGGAAUCUAUCUAA